GCACCAGCAGCCGGCAGUCGCUCUUUCAGACUUACAGCAAUGGAGCCACGUUUCAGGCGUGCGCUUCUCUGUGUGUUGGUGCUGCUAGCUGUAUUGGAUUUCAGCGGUGCAAAUGCUGAAGGUCAUCUACCUGAGCAAUAUUCUCAGUACAGUCCUGGUAGUUACUCCGCGGAAGGCAGAAUUGACCGUACAACAUGCAACGCCACAGAGACUGAAGUAUGCAAGAACAAGAACCCGCAUAUGGAAUGCGUCUACAAAAACAAAAAAGCAGAGUGCACCUGCCCUGAAGGCAUGGUUGAAGACAAAGGCAGCUGUACUGACCGUACAACAUGCAACGCCGCCGAGAUAGAACAAUGCAAGGACAAGGACCCGCAUAUGGAAUGCGUCUACAAAAACAAAAAAGCAGAGUGCAACUGCCCUGAAGGCAUGGUUGAAGACAAAGGCAGCUGUAUUGACCGUACAACAUGCAACGCCACAGAGACUGAAGUAUGCAAGAACAAGAACCCGCAUAUGGAAUGCGUCUACAAAAACAAAAAAGCAGAGUGCACCUGCCCUGAAGGCAUGGUUGAAGACAAAGGCAGCUGUACUGACCGUACAACAUGCAACGCCGCCGAGAUAGAACAAUGCAAGGACAAGGACCCGCAUAUGGAAUGCGUCUACAAAAACAAAAAAGCAGAGUGCAACUGCCCUGAAGGCAUGGUUGAAGACAAAGGCAGCUGUAUUGACCGUACAACAUGCAACGCCGCCGAGAUAGAACAAUGCAAGGACAAGGACCCGCAUAUGGAAUGCGUCUACAAAAACAAAAAAGCAGAGUGCAACUGCCCUGAAGGCAUGGUUGAAGACAAAGGCAGCUGUAUUGACCGUACAACAUGCAACGCCACAGAGACUGAAGUAUGCAAGAACAAGAACCCGCAUAUGGAAUGCGUCUACAAAAACAAAAAAGCAGAGUGCACCUGCCCUGAAGGCAUGGUUGAAGACAAAGGCAGCUGUACUGACCGUACAACAUGCAACGCCGCCGAGAUAGAACAAUGCAAGGACAAGGACCCGCAUAUGGAAUGCGUCUACAAAAACAAAAAAGCAGAGUGCAACUGCCCUGAAGGCAUGGUUGAAGACAAAGGCAGCUGUAUUGACCGUACAACAUGCAACGCCACAGAGACAGAACAAUGCAAGGACAAGGACCCGCAUAUGGAAUGCGUCUACAAAAACAAAAAAGCAGAGUGCAACUGCCCUGAAGGCAUGGUUGAAGACAAAGGCAUCUGUAUUGACCGUACAACAUGCAACGCCACAGAGAUAGAGCAAUGCAAGGACAAGGACCCGCAUAUGGAAUGCGUCUACAAAAGCAAAAAAGCAGAGUGCACCUGCCCUGAAGGCAUGGUUGAAGACAAAGGCAGCUGUAUUGACCGUACAACAUGCAACGCAAUAGAGAAAAAACAGUGCAAGGACAAGGACCCGCAUAUGGAAUGCGUUUACAAAAACAAAAAAGCCGAGUGCAACUGCCCUGAAGGCAUGGUUGAAGACAAAGGCAGCUGUAUUGCACGAUCGAAGCCACAGUCAUGCAGCCAUAGAGGACAGAGUGUGUGCCAGAAAUAUGGCAAGAUAUGCGUCUCCUAUGACGGCGGGGAAGUUUGUUUAGCUGAGCCCCCUGCAGAGCCUACUACGUGCACGGAUAAAAAGAAACAAGAAUGCGCCAGUAAAGGAGAAGUGUGCCAUCACACGGAAGGCGGGGUGAAGUGCAUAGCACGAUCGAAGCCACAGCCAUGCAGCCAUAGAGGACAGAGUGUGUGCCAGAAAUAUGGCAAGAUAUGCGUCUCCUAUGACGGUGGGGAAGUGUGUGUAGAUCCGGCACCACAUACUGCUGCCCCGGAGAACAAGAAGACCAAAGAUGGCUGCGUCUGUGAUUGCAAGUGCCAGCCGUGUGCAGUAGACGAAAGUGGCUCUAGUCAGGUGUCUGCUAGAAAUGCUUCGCAAAAGAAGCGAGGCUUGGCCGUCGAAACAGCUGCCAUCUACGAGAAGUUGGGUUCUUUGAUGCCGUUAACAGAAAAAGUUGACUCCCUCUUAAAACUGAAAGGGAUGGUCACAGCUCUGCAAGUGUCGCUUCAACAUAUCUCUGACAGUCAUGACAGGGUUCUUAACCGCCUCUCUAGCAUCGGUAAUGAAGUUGCUAGCAUGAAGUUACUCAUCGCGCGCGUAGAAAUGUCCAGAAUAAACAACAAAAUUUCGGAUCUCCAAAAGCAAUUAGGCACUUAUAACGAAUAUCUCACCAAACAAACCUUCUUGUGACCCUAAAGGACGCACCACGACAAACGUGCGUACAUGUGCUGUCAUAAUGAGCGAAUCUGUGCAGUGUCCACUGCAAUGCACAACAUGACAACUACGCGUGUCGCGAGCACGAAAAAUCACAUACAAUGGCUGUAUUUGUUCCUAUAACCUCUGUUCUAAUAGACACGUAGAUAUGCACUUCUUUUAUUUUGAGACUGUUGUAUUAAGUGGGCAUAAUAAAACAUGUUUUUUAACUAUUC